CGGCGCCUGUUGGCCACGCAAAGUGGCUGGAGGAUUAGGUGGAUCCGGACCUGGACUCCAGCUGGACUGAGGCUCCGAAAAGCCCAGAAUCUGGGGUGGACUUAGUCCCCGGGAGUGAGAUGACCUCCUUCUUGCGAAGCCCUCAGGCUCUCCAGCUUACUCUGGCCCUGAUCAAGCCUGAUGCUGUCGCUCACCCACUGAUUCUGGAGGCUGUUCAUCAGCAGAUUCUGAGCAACAAGUUCCUUAUUGUACGAAUGAGAGAACUUGUGUGGAGAAGAGAAGAUUGCCAGAGGUUUUACCAAGAGCAUGAAGGGCGUUUUUUCUAUCAGCGGCUGGUGGAGUUCAUGACCAGUGGGCCAAUCCGAGCCUACAUCCUCGCCCACAAGGAUGCCAUCCAGUUCUGGAGGACGCUGAUGGGACCCACCAAAGUGUUUCGAGCACGCCACGUGGCCCCAGAUUCAAUUCGUGGGAGUUUUGGCCUCACCGACACCCGCAACACCACCCAUGGCUCUGACUCUGCGGCUUCAGCCAGUAGAGAGAUUGCAGCCUUCUUCCCAGACUUCAGUGAACAGCGCUGGUAUGAGGAAGAGGAGCCCCAGCUGCGCUGUGGCCCUGUGCGCUGCCGUCCGGAGUGAGGCAUCCACUGUGCGGCCAGCGCAGGAGGCCAGGGCCAGCCUGCUGCAGGCCCGUCAGUCUGUGAAGACUGGUGACAUUGGCAAGCCUUUGUCUUACUUAGCCGUCCUGUCCAGAGCAUUUCCCAGGACCAGGGAGUCCUGGGGCUCAUGCGCCAUCUCUGCUAGGUGCCGCCACCUGCCCGAGAGCCUAGCUCCUCACUGCCACCGCCUUGAGAAUCUAACUCUCUAUCUACCUCUUUGCUGGAAUGUUCAUGGGUAGUUCAGAGGAAUGAUGGUUCCUCUUUUUUUCUGAAAACUGUUCAUUCCUUUUCAAAGGGAACUUGCCUAAUUGACUCUGCAGAAACUCUGUAUAAGAAACAUUUGGCCUGUCUUCCUCAAUACAAGUCAGUAUUCUACUGACUCCUCAAGGCUGGGAGCACUGCUCUAGUGCCUUCUCUCCAUCCUUAACUGGAGCGAUUAAACCUGUCCU